AUGACAGAUCAGGAUGCCCAGGAGAUACUCGAUAGUGAUCUGUGGGCGAGGGGGCUUUCGGACAAGCUUGAAAAGGUGAAAAAAGGGUCACAGCACUUGAGCAUCUACAGAGUUCCAAGUAAACUUCGAAAAGUGAAGCAUGAUGCAUACAACCCUCGCGUUGUCUCUAUUGGACCUCUCCAUCGAAACAAUAAUCCUAACCUUUUAGCUAUGAAAGAACAUAAAUGGCGUUACAUGCUCCUCAUUUUCCAGCAAACAGACAGCGUCAUAAAUACUAUCGAAUGCUUGCAAAAGUGCACCAAUGCCUUUUAUGGUUCAGGGAAGUACCCUUUAAAUAAAAAAGUUCGUGAAAGCUAUGCUGUAGAUCUCACAAAUAUUAAGGAGCAUGAUCUUGCAGAAAUGAUGUUAGUUGACGGUUGCUUCAUAUUGCAACUUUUCCUCAAGAAUCACCAAUCCUGCGACCAAGCUAAUGAUCCAAUAUUCAGUAGUGCUUGGAUGCUCCCAACACUUAGGCAUGAUCUGACAUUACUUGAAAACCAGAUCCCUUUCUUUAUUCUCGAAGAAUUGUAUCGCAUUAUCCGUCCUCACAUAGUGAAAUAUACACCGCCAGAUUCGGUCGCUACCCUGGCUCUCAAGUUUUUUCAACCUAUGUACCAACAGGAAAUAACACGAGAUACGGAUACUGCAGGCUGCAAGCAUUUGCUGCUUCACCUUUGCAACAACUUCUUCCCCCCAAGUUUGGGCCAUAUCAUUGAAAUGGGGGGUCCUGCAAAGCCAAGCAACCAACAGGCAAUAAAAGAAGGUACGGACACUGAAGACAGCCAGCAUUUACUUCAUCUUUUGCACAACUUCUUCCGCCCAAGUUUAAGCCAAGCAGCAAGCAAGAAAAAAAAGAAUAAAUUCAAGUAUUGCGCUUCAGACCUUUAUGAUAUUGGAGUCCAGUUUGAAAUAGGGUCAGCCGACGGCCAGUUGUUGAGCAUAAAUUUUAAUCAUGGAGCAAUCAAAAUUCCACCAUUGUUCAUUGACGACACAACAGAUUCACUCUUCCGGAACCUGAUAGCUUUCGAGCAAUGCCAUCUCAAGAGUUCACAUCACAUUACAUCGUAUGUCAUCGUUAUGAAGAGCCUCAUACGUUCCAAAGAGGAUAUCAAACUACUCAAGAAAAAAGGGAUCAUACAUGAAAAUUUUGCAGGAGGAAAAUAUUAUGUUGAUUUCGAAAGUAUUUUAGACCAUAUUAACCUGAAGCACUUCUGCUUUGGCAAGUUGUGCGACGAUGUGAAUGAAUAUAGUAAGUCAAGUAAGUUUCAUCACUGGCACAGAUUCAAAGCAUUUUGGAUGGUGCGACUUAAGAGAUAUAUGAAGUCCCUUUAUGUCACAUAUUUCUCUAGUCCGUGGAGUUUCAUUGCAUUCUUGGCUGCAGCUGUCGUUUUCGGUCUCACUGUGACACAGACACACUACGCCAUUCACCCUCGCUAG